AAAAGUUAAAAUAAAAACGAGUCAGCCGAAAAUGGGAAGCUCAAACACGGAGCUUAAUAACGAUUCUGCCACGGAGUCUGAUGAUGCAACGAAGAUGGACGCUGACACCGAGAAAACAGAAACACACGACGACUCUCCUCCCGUGUUUGAAGAAAAUGAAAAGGUCCUCGCUUUUCAUUGCAAACACAUUUACGAUGCCAAGGUGAAAAAAGUCCAUUACCGGAAGAAGGGCACUAUAUAUUUUGUUCAUUACCUUGGGUGGAAUAACAUCUGGGAUGAAUGGGUCAGUGUGGAUUGUCUGCUGAAACGUACAGAUGAGAAUGUCCAAAGGCAGCUGGCCAACAACAAAACAAUUGAAUCAAAGAAUUUAAAGCUAGGGCAUGCAUCACAGAUGAAACCAAGAAGUACUGAUGUUGCAAGGGGCAAGAAACGAAAGAAUGACUGUCUUGAUAAGGAAAAGGGCCACAUACCAAUGGAAAAUUUUGUGAACUUCCAAAUUCCGCCAACUCUACAGAAGCAACUAGUUGAUGAUUGUGGAUUAAUUACACAUCUGGGCAAGCUUGUUAAACUUCCGUGCACCCCGACUGUGGAUGACAUUUUGGAGAAAUAUCGUCAUUAUAGGUUGGAGAAGGAUGGGUUGAUAGCUGAUUCAACUAGGGAAAUGAUAAAAGGAUUACAUUCUUUCUUUGACAAGGCUUUGCCAAUAAUGCUUCUGUACAAAAGUGAGCGCCAACAAUAUGAAGACACCAUGGCAGUUAUGGUUGCUCCCUCAACUAUAUAUGGUGCUGAGCAUCUAUUACGCCUCUUUGUUAAAUUGCCAGAGUUAUUGGUCCAUGCAAAAAUUGAAGAGGAAACAUCGACAAAGUUGCAGCAAAUGUUACUGGACUUCCUCGAGUCAGUUAUUUUUUCAUGCAGGUUCCUGCGAAAGAAUCAGAGUUCCUUUUUCCUUUCAACUUACCACAUUGCGGAAGAUGUUGAAACGAGUACCAACGUAAAGGAAGAUGACUAAGCUUAGGUAACAUGUGGACGUCAUUUUGUACAUAACACCAUGGAAGUAACUGUUGUUGGUAGAUAUAUUCUUGCCUUUUGUAUCUCCUUUAUUAUUUUUGGCUAGAAAGCUUAGAAACUUGAUAACUUCUGUUGCAUGUCUUCAGAAACAAGUUGAUAAGCUUAAGCAUGAUUAUAUCUUUCUGCUAAAUGGUAUGUAUAUAAGUAAUACCAUAGGAGGAAAAUCCAAGUAGCUGUCCUUGAUUAGUUGAAAAGUUUACCGAGUGAAAAGCUUUAUAAUGCCACACAAUUAAACCCAGAAUCGGA